AUGGCGUCCAUAUCAGCCAUCGUCUCCGAGCACCGGCCCGACCUAGCGCCACUCCAGGAGCUAUACAAGCACUACCAUGCCAACCCAGAGCUCUCGAACCAGGAGGCCGAGACGGCGGCGUCGAUCGCCUCGCGGCUGCGGGAUAUAUCCCCGGACAUGGAGGUGAAGACGCAGAUCGGCGGCCACGGGCUCGCGGGGAUCCUGCGCAACGACGGCGGCCACGGGGGCCCCACGGUGCUGUUGCGGGCCGACUUCGACGCGCUGCCGGUCCUCGAGCGCACCGGGCUGCCCUACGCCAGCACCAAGCGCAUGCGGGACGCGGACGGGGUCGAAAAGCCUGUUAUGCACGCCUGCGGGCACGACAUGCAUAUCACGUGCCUGCUGGGGGCGGCGCAGCUGCUCGCGAGCGCGCGCGGCUCCUGGUCCGGGACGGUUGUGUUCGCGUUCCAGCCGGCCGAGGAGCGCGGGACGGGGGCCCAGGCCAUGGUAGACGACGGGAUGUACGACGCGGGGCGUCACGGGGUGCCGGUGCCCGACGUCGCGCUGGGGGCGCACGUGUCGCCGUUUCGCGCGGGCGUGAUCGGGACGCGCCGGGGCCUGAUCGCCACAUCGGCCGACAGCAUGCGGGUGACGCUGCACGGGCGUGGGGCGCACGCCUCGAUGCCCGGCCGCGCCAUCGAUCCCAUCGUCAUGGCCGCCAGCACGGUCAUGAGGCUGCAGACCAUCGUGUCGCGCGAGGUGGACCCGGCCGAUAGCGCUGUGGUGACAGUGGCCAGUAUCCACGCGGGCGACGCAGAGAACGUCAUCCCGGACGAUGCGAAGCUUUCCAUCGACACGCGGUCCGUCACCCAGAAGACGCGGGAUCGAGUGCUCUCUAGGAUCAAGACUAUUGUGCAUGCGGAGAGCGCCGUCGCGAUGGCGGUCAAGGAGCCGACGAUCGAGAUGACGAGGUCGUUCCCAUUAACGAUCAACGAUGUAAACACGACGGCCAAAUUAGAGGAAACAUUUACGGAACACUUUGGCGAAGACAAGCAGCGCUAUGACCGCGAUAUACCGAAAUUUGCUGCAAGCGAAGAUUUUAGCAUUUUGGCGUCCGCCGUUGGAAAGCCAUACUGCUUUUUCAUGUACGGCGGAACUGACCAGGAGAAGUGGGAUAAAGCGAAUGCAGAGGGUGUGCUAGAGCAAGAUAUUCCAAGUAAUCAUUCGGGUUUAUUUGCCCCCGUCAUCAUGCCUACAUUACAGGUUGGCUUGGAUGGAUAUGCUGUCGCUGCUUUGACUUUUCUGAAAAAGACAUGA